CAUUUAUUGUUGCACAAAAUUUUAUUGCACUCUGGAAAAAACACAAUUUUUUAACAAAUUUUGUUAAUUUUCCUGAUUAAAAUAUGUCCACAUUGAAGUAAAGGGAUGUCAGAAUAUAAAAAUGCAAUAAUUAAAUAGUUUUUGUUGUGGAAGUGUGCAAUUGUGUUAAAAAUAAAGUGGAUGAAAAUAUUUUUUUCUACGUGCACACAAACAAAGAAGACAAUUAAAAUCGAAGUGCAUCCAUCAUAGUCAGUAGAGGGUAGUGGAGCAGUAGUUAUUGCUUUUUUGGAAAACCCAGAAUAAAUUAAGUUUAUUAAAAUGUUUAGCACUACAGAAUCGCAGAAAACUUCAUUUUUGGAACAAACUAAGGCUGCGCGUGAAGAAAGGGCUUUGGAGAAGCGAAGAGAAUGGGCAGCCAUAAAACUUCAAUCUUCCAUUAAAGGUUUCUUAGCACGUAGGCGUUAUCAAAGGCAAAUAAUCGAGGAUUUUGAUAGACUAAUAGUCAGUAGUGGUGGCGAUGAUAAAAAGGAACAAAUUAAUUUACAUGCGUCAUCUAGUGUUUAUCCGGUUGUAAGGCGUUUCUUAACCACCUAUAAAUUGGACAAAAAUUGUGAUGAAACACGCGAACGUUUUGAGUGCCUAUGUCGCUAUUUGAAUAAAUCUAUGGAAACGGAAGCCCCCAAGUUAUCAUAUGCCACACUUUGCUUGCAAAAGGACAAAAGUCUUCCUUGGAUAGCGCACAUUAAAACCUUGCUGAACUUCAACCUAAAAUUAUUGGAAGACAUCAAGCCAGAAAGUCAUACCGAUAGUAUAUCAUUGGCUCUAUAUCUGCAUACAUUAGUUGUUUUUACCUCGCCGAAAUCAUGGGGUAUAAUGAGAAUUAAACAAUUUGAAAAGCUACAGCCAGCAAUGCAGAAAAUCUGUUGUAACAUACAGGGCGAUCUAAUACAAAAUAAUUUUUUCAAAGUAAUGAGAUCCAUACUUAUAAAGGGCACAUCACGUGAAGAAUUAACUUUGAAGCCAGUAUCCCUUAUAGCUGUCAUGACUUUAUGCACUAGACCCUUGUUGGAUGGUGAUUUUUCUCGCAACAUAAUGGCACAAUUUUUAAUAGAAAUUUUAUCGGCUCCUGCCUUGGUACAUCACUUGAGUACCACUGCUCCUCAGUGCAUAGAACAAAUGUCUUCAAUGUGGAUAUUGAAAAGGGCUUUAAACAUAUCUGAGGAUCUUGAAUGGUUUACAGACUAUGGCAAAAAUAUGCCGGGUACCAAGAGUUUGGCAUUGUUGGGCAACAUUAUUAAUUUGUUUAAUAUAGAAAAUUUAAAUGAAGCCAAACUGUUGGCUUAUCCCUUAUUGACGAACACGGUUACAUUAUUAUUUGAAAAUAUACCCAGUAAUUCCACCUCCAAGGGAGUGUUUACCCAAUGGCAUGAGCUAUUGGGUUGGCAUACACCUUCCAAAGAUCCUGCCCAAAACCAAUGUGUUGCCCUGAUUAAAAAACAGUUUCACAUGUUGUGGGGCAUACGUUGUUUGCAAAUAUCUUUGGGUGACUUCCUUAAAGAGGUCAAUGUCAACUUUGAACGCAUAGAAUUCCAGCCACCUAGUCAAGCUUCCACUAGUAAUUUACUGCGUCGUGCUUUAGAUCGCAGUUCAACGCGUACCAGUCUUAGUAAAAAUUCGAAAGUAACCUGGCGCAAAUUAGACUCUCCCGAAGUCAUACAGGUAUCGCGUAUUUGUGCCAUGUAUUAUGCGGCCUUGAAUACUUUGUCUCAACUAAAAUUGGAAAUUCUAACGGGCAUUUGUUUUGUCGACAAGGUCUUUUAUGAUCUCUGGCUGUUUAUCACCUCUUUGGGUCCCAAUUGUGCUUUAAAGGAGUUCUUGGAGUUGUUUAAAUGUGAAGACUUUCAGCGUAAGCCUCAGACGUCUAUGUUAAUGCUGUUUUGUGAUAGUAUGACCCAUUAUGUUACCGUACUCGAUGAACACGAAAUGUACACCGAACAGAAAUUAUUUCAGUUGAAUGAUUUUGUUAUGUUGACUUAUUUUUUGAAUAAUAUUUUACAUAAAAUCAUCAAUGAGGAUAUAUUUGGAACCACUAAAAACAUAACACAAUCACCCGUGUUUAUAUCACUGCACACCUUAAUGUUGUGUUUGUACAAAAGGGAUUGUCGCCGGCGUUUUACACCAAACAAUCAUUGGCUCAUACACGAAGUGAAACCUUCAACAUUUAUAAACGAUCUGGAAAAGGGUAAACGUCAUGCGGUCAUAUUGCUGCAAAAAAUGCCCCACAUUAUACCGCAUGAAGAUCGUGUAAAACUGUUUAGGAAAUUUGUACAAAAUGAAAAGGCUGUUUUGGGAUUGACUGAAUCGGCAUGUGCCUCACCCAGAUCAGCAUUGAUUGUUAUACAUCGCGAGCGUAUUGUAGAGGAUGGCUACAGACAAUUGGCGGCUUUGAAGCCCCAUGCUCUUAAGGGUGUUAUACGUGUGCGUUUUAUUAAUCAACAAGGUCUACAUGAGGCCGGCAUAGAUCAAGAUGGUGUUUUUAAAGAGUUCUUAGAAGAAACUAUUAAAAAAGUGUUUGACCCUUCAUUAAAUCUAUUUAAAACUACUUCCGAUCAACGUUUAUAUCCCUCUCCCAUCUCUUAUGUGCAGGAUAAUCAUUUGCAAUUGUUUGAGUUUGUUGGCCGCAUGCUGGGUAAAGCUGUCUACGAAGGCAUAGUGGUAGAUGUACCAUUUGCAUCUUUCUUUCUCUCCCAGCUGUUGGGUCAAACACAUCAAGUUUUGUACUCUUGCAUGGACGAACUGCCCUCUUUAGAUGCUGAACUUUAUAAGAGUUUAACCUUCAUCAAGCACUAUGAACAGGAUGUGGCCGAUUUAAAUUUAACUUUCUCCGUGGACCAAGAUGUUAUGGGUAAAAUUGUUACCCAUGAACUGCAUCCGGGCGGUAGAGUUCGUGUUGUAACCGAUCACAAUAAACUAGUGUACAUUCAUUACAUGGCCUAUUUUCAUAUGAACACACAAAUUCGCGAACAAACUCAAGCUUUUAAUCGGGGUUUUCGUAGCAUUGUUAAUCCCGAGUGGUUGUCGUUGUUUUCGCCUCCCGAACUUCAACGUUUAAUAUCGGGUGAUACGGUGCCGUUGGAUUUGAAGGAUCUGCGCAAACAUACCCAGUAUUAUGGAGGCUUUCAUGACUCACAUCGUGUUGUGGGCUGGCUGUGGGAUAUAUUGGCUAAGGAUUUUACCGAGGAAGAGAAAAAAUUAUUUUUGAAGUUUGUUACCAGCUGCUCGAAACCGCCGCUCUUGGGAUUCGCCCACUUAGAGCCUCCCUUCUCUAUACGCUGUGUUGAAGUUGGCGAUGAUGAGGAUACUGGCGACACCAUAGGCAGUGUUAUACGUGGCUUUUUCACCAUACGAAAAAAGGAUCCCUUAAAUCGCUUGCCCACAUCAUCCACCUGUUUCAAUUUACUCAAAUUGCCAAAUUAUCAAAAGAAAUCAACAUUGAGAGAUAAACUCAGAUAUGCAGUUACUAGUAAUACCGGUUUUGAGCUGUCAUAAUUUUACAACACUUUCAUAACUGCAAUACCACACAAAAAUGUCUUUUUACCUUGGCAACAUCUUGAUAACAAUCAUUUUAUAAUUAACAUGACACAAAGCUAAGGUAUAAAUUUAUUUUAUUUUAUAUUUUUCAGUUUUCUACAGAGAAAUCAUAAUACAAAAAAAAAACAACAUAUCAAUAUUGCAUAUGUUUCUCUAUAAUAGUGGAUGUAUAUGUAAAAAAAUGCUACAUGUUCUAAUUGUUUAGUGCUAAAAAGAAAUUUAUUAUUCAAUAUGUUUUCUUUUGUUUUGAUGCUGUUUAAGUUUUAUUUACAUUUAAAUUACAUGUAUACUUUGUCUUAAAUCUAUAUUUAGUAACUGUGAUAUAAAAACAAAUAUAUAAAGAAAAAUCUAAAUUUAUUAACAAAUUAUACUAACUAUAUAAUAUGAUAAAAAUAAUUAAAUAAUUUUUAUAUAAUACUAUAGAGAAAAAAAGAAAGAAAGAAAAUGUAGUGCAAGCGUAAACAGUUUAUUAUUGUAAUAAUUAAUAUUUGCAAACAAAUUUAAGUUUGUUUUUCGAAAUGAUUUCAAUACAUUUUUAUUUUCGUAAAUUAUACAAUUUAAUACUGCUAGAUGAUAUGUUAUUUGUGUAUAACUAAGUAAAUGUAUGUACUAUAUUGUAUUGUAAUAAACAAUUUAAUGGAAAUAUGUAAAAUAUCUACAUAUAGUAUGUAUCGUAUUAUAUAAACGUGUCUGUAUACAUCUGUAUUUGUAUGUAUAAAGAAAUACAUACAAACAAUUGCAUUCAAAUAAAUGGUGUAAAUAAAAGUGUGUAAUAAAAUAAAUGUUAAAAUAAA